UUCGUCUGGCCCUCGGCUGCCUGCGAAACGCGGACCGGGUGAUGCCCCAGGAGAAACCACUCUAGUAGUUCCGCUCGGAGGGCGGAAGUGCGCGUCUCAGUGUGUGCGGCUGACCAGUUAGCGACAUGGUGGCGCCCGUGCUGGAGACUUCUCACGUGUUUUGCUGCCCAAACCGUGUGCGGGGAGUCCUGAACUGGAGCUCUGGGCCCAGAGGACUUCUGGCCUUUGGCACGUCCUGCUCCGUGGUGCUCUAUGACCCCGUGAAAAGGGUUGUUGUUACCAACCUGAAUGGUCACACUGCCCGAGUCAAUUGCAUACAGUGGAUUUGUAAACAGGAUGGCUCCCCUUCUACUGAAUUAGUUUCUGGAGGAUCUGAUAAUCAAGUGAUUCACUGGGAAAUAGAGGAUAAUCAGCUUUUAAAAGCAGUCCAUCUUCAAGGCCAUGAAGGACCUGUUUAUGCGGUGCAUGCUGUUUACCAGAGGAGGACAUCAGAUCCUGCAUUAUGUACACUGAUCGUUUCUGCAGCUGCAGAUUCUGCUGUUCGACUUUGGUCUAAAAAGGGUUCAGAAGUAACGUGCCUUCAGACUUUAAACUUUGGAAAUGGAUUUGCUCUGGCUCUCUGCUUGUCUUUUUUGCCAAAUACUGAUGUACCAAUAUUAGCAUGUGGCGAUGAUGAUUGCAGAAUUCACUUAUUUGCUCAACAAAAUGAUCAGUUUCAGAAAGUGCUUUCUCUCUGUGGACAUGAGGAUUGGAUUAGAGGAGUGGAAUGGGCAGCCUUUGGUAGAGAUCUUUUCCUAGCAAGCUGUUCACAAGAUUGCCUAAUAAGAAUAUGGAAGCUGUAUAUAAAGUCAACAUCUUCAGAAACUCAGGAUGCCGAUAACAUAAGACUGAAAGAAAAUACUUUUACCAUAGAAAAUGAAAGUGUUAAAAUAGCAUUUGCUGUUACUCUGGAGACAGUGCUGGCUGGUCAUGAAAACUGGGUAAAUGCAGUUCACUGGCAACCUGUGUUUUACAAAGAUGGUGUUCUACAGCAGCCAAUGAGAUUAUUGUCUGCUUCCAUGGAUAAAACCAUGAUUCUCUGGGCUCCAGAUGAAGAGUCAGGAGUUUGGCUAGAACAGGUUCGAGUAGGUGAAGUAGGUGGGAAUACUUUGGGAUUUUAUGAUUGCCAGUUCAAUGAAGAUGGCUCCAUGAUCAUUGCCCAUGCUUUCCACGGAGCGUUGCACCUUUGGAAACAGAAUACAGUUAACCCAAGAGAGUGGACUCCAGAGAUUGUCAUUUCCGGACACUUUGAUGGUGUCCAAGACCUAGUCUGGGAUCCAGAAGGGGAAUUUAUUAUCACUGUUGGUACUGAUCAGACAACUAGACUUUUUGCUCCAUGGAAGAGAAAAGACCAAUCACAGGUGACUUGGCAUGAAAUUGCAAGGCCUCAGAUACAUGGGUAUGACCUGAAAUGUUUGGCAAUGAUUAAUCGGUUUCAGUUUGUAUCUGGAGCAGAUGAAAAAGUUCUUCGAGUUUUUUCUGCACCUCGUAAUUUUGUGGAAAAUUUUUUUGCCAUUACAGGAAAAUCACUGAAUCAUGUGCUUUGUAAUCAAGAUAGUGAUCUUCCAGAAGGAGCCACUGUCCCUGCGUUGGGAUUAUCAAAUAAAGCUGUCUUUCAGGGAGAUAUAGCUUCUCAGCCUUCUGAUGAAGAGGAGCUGUUAACUAGUACUGGUUUUGAGUAUCAGCAGGUGGCCUUUCAGCCCUCCAUACUUACUGAGCCUCCCACUGAGGAUCAUCUUCUGCAGAAUACUUUGUGGCCUGAAGUUCAAAAACUAUAUGGGCAUGGUUAUGAAAUAUUUUGUGUUACUUGUAAUAGUUCAAAGACUCUGCUUGCCUCAGCUUGUAAGGCAGCUAAGAAAGAGCAUGCAGCUAUCAUUCUUUGGAACACUACGUCUUGGAAACAGGUGCAGAAUUUAGUUUUCCACAGUUUGACAGUCACGCAGAUGGCCUUCUCACCCAACGACAAGUUCUUACUGGCUGUUUCCAGAGAUCGAACCUGGUCAUUGUGGAAAAAGCAGGAUACAAUCUCACCUGAGUUCGAGCCAGUUUUUAGUCUUUUUGCCUUCACCAACAAAAUUACUUCUGUGCACAGUAGAAUUAUUUGGUCUUGUGAUUGGAGUCCUGAUAGCAAGUAUUUCUUCACUGGGAGUCGAGACAAAAAGGUGGUUGUCUGGGGUGAGUGCGACUCCACUGAUGACUGUAUUGAGCAUAACAUUGGCCCCUGCUCCUCAGUCCUGGAUGUGGGUGGGGCUGUGACAGCUGUCAGCGUCUGCCCAGCGCUCCACCCAGCGCUCCACCCUUCUCAACGAUAUGUGGUUGCAGUGGGAUUGGAGUGUGGAAAGAUUUGCUUAUACACCUGGAAAAAGACUGAUCAAGUUCCAGAAAUAAAUGACUGGACCCACUGUGUAGAAACAAGUCAAAGCCAAAGUCAUACACUUGCUAUCAGAAAAUUAUGCUGGAAGAACUGCAGUGGAAAAACUGAACACAAGGAAGCAGAAGAUGCUGAGUGGUUGCAUUUUGCAAGCUGUGGUGAAGAUCACACUGUGAAGAUACACAGAGUCAAUAAAUGUGCACUGUAAUGGACUUAAUAACUACAUGCUUGCAGUCACUGGUAUCUUAAAAUAAUAUCAGGUAAAUAGAUCAUCUUUGCCUUCAUAAUAGAACUGAGUUUCUUUUUUUUUUUUUUUUUUUUUUUUGAGAUGGAGUCUUGCUUUGUUGCAACCUCCACCUCCCAGGUUCCUCAGCCUCCUGAGUAGCUGGGACUAGAGGCACACGCCACCAUGCCUGGCUAAUUUUUGUAUUUUUAGUAGAGACUGGGUUUCACCAUUGACCAGGCUGGUCUCAAACUCCUGAUCUCAGGUGAUCUGCUCACCUUGGCCUCCCAAAGUGCUGGGAUUACAGGCAUGAGCCACUGCGCCCGACCUGAGUUUCAUUUUUUAAGUUACAUAGCGGUAGUCCUUAUUUGAGUGCUAGACCCUUUGAAAUGCGAUGAAAGCUAUGGACCCUUCACUUUGUUAUAUAACAUGUACACACACCCAGAACUUUGCACAUACGUUCAGAGAUUCCUAGACCCACAGACCUGCCUCUGUGUGUCCCAAUUUAAGAACCUCUGUUCUUUCUUCAUGACUGGAUUUGCCCAAUUUUGUGUUAUUUUGGGACUUCAUUUGUCCCUCUUUGGGACAUUUCCUUAUUUAUUGCCCUCUUCAGAGAGUAGACAUAGGAAAAACAAGAUAGGAAACCUAGAUUACUUAAUUUUUAUUUUAACAUUUUCUGUAGAUAAGCAUACCACGCCAAGUGUGCUCUGUCUUGAUCCCCUUCUUUUUAGCAUAUGCCAGACAUUGUAGAGUUUGGCAAGCAGUUGUAGGUUUGAGCUGCAGCCAAUCAUUUCUUUUGUUCUUUAGAAGUACAUAGAUUCGUCUUUUUAGGGCUUUACCGAAAGUAAAAUAUUCUGACAUUUAAACUGAUAGAUGUAGAAGGUAAAAAAUAGAGUUCCGAAACAUCUGAAUUUAUGUGAUAGCUGAAGUCACAAGAUGAGGGAUGUAUGUCCUCCAGGGAGGAUGCAGAAAGAAGAAAAGGGUGCUGGAAACAGCCUGUCAGUUGUGCCAGCUGUGGGCUGGAGGCAGCCAGGAGAGUUGGGAGCCUGGGUGUUGGGUGGAGAGAGGUUAACGGGGAAGACAUGGGAAGUACUGUGAACACGGCUGGUGUGAGCAGAGGACUAUUCUGACCCUGUUGGAACAUAGAGCCAUCUGACAGAUUGACAAUGCAGUGAAGGCUGUAUAUAAUAAAUGUGUUGAAAGGAGGAAGGUGAGGAUUUUCUUGGUGGGAGUUUACGCCAUUAUUUAACAUAUUUUGCUUCCAAAGGGGUUACAAUGUUUUACCUAAAUGGAUGUUUCUAGGUCAGUGCUAUAGAGUAUUUCUAAUCUGUGUUUUAUAGUGUGAGCUACAUAUGUAAUUUUAAAAUUUUCAAGUAGCCACAUAAUGAAACAGGUGAAAUUUAAUGACCCAUUUCCUUUAAUACGGUAUAUCCAAAAUAUUAUUAUGUCAACCUGUAAUCAAUAUUAAAACCUGUACUGAAGUAUUUUAUAGGGCCUCUCUCAGUUCAGACUAGCCACAUUUAAGUGCUGCAUAGCCACAUGUGGCUCAUGGCCAUCCAUAUUUGAACAAUGUACUUUAGACUAUUGCAUCUGUAUACUCUUGUGCCCUCAGCUGGGGGAUGGGGGGUAUGUGCGUGUGUGUACCAAGGCAGUGAGCAUCUGAGCUUUGAACCUCAGAGACCAAAAUGCCAUGCCCAUUUCCCUGCUAUCAGCUGAGGAAUCUUUACUCACAUUGACACACGGGCUUAUUCUGACCCAAGUGCAUGCAGGCUUCCAGAGCAGAUUCAGAGGCCUAACUUAGUCCUUUAGCUCCCCUCCCAGCACAGAACCCUCCAGGUUAUCUGAAAGUAGGCCUCGCCUAGAGUGACUGAGUUUCCAAGUUGUCAGUUUUCCCAAAUGGUCCUCAGGCAUCUUCCUUAGCAAUCACCUUACAGUUUAGUAAACAUUCAGAGGACUUGCUACACAUCUGGGCAGUCUGCAUUGUAAUUCAUAUGUGUUUACACACUUAUGUCUUCAUCUGCUAAAGCACCUUUGAACCGUAUUGUAAUUCAUAAUAUCUGAAGCAAUUAUUUUGAAUUGUAGUAAUUCAUAAUAUUGAAGCAAUUCAUAAUAUCUGAAACAAUCCUCAGAUAUGGGUUAGGCAUGGCCCUGCUCUGAGCAGGAUGGCAAAAGUGGCAGUCUAUGACGCAGCCCUUGUUACCUAGGCUAUUCCUAAAUGGUGAUGGUGGUUUUAUGUUAAUUAAAAUGACAUCAUCAACAACGCACCCUUUCCUGUCUGCCAGGAAAAGUUUUCUGUAGUGACGCAUGUGUUUGUGUGUGUGCGUUUGAGGCUAUAUUACCCAUUGCUACAGCAGUUCAAAAUGACUUGGAAAAAAACAAUGAAUGCUGGUCAUUGAUGUGUAUACUGACAUGUUUAAGGGAAGUUACUGUGGUCUGUAACUUAAGAAAUAAAUAAAAAAUAAGAUGGGUGGAGUGACGGACACAUGGAUAGAUAUGAAGCCAGCACUGUAAAAUAUUAGUGGUAGUUUUGUAUGCCCAUACUCACAGUACCAUUAUUCACAGUAGCUAAGAGAUGGAAGCAAUACGUGUCCAUCAGUGGGUGAAUGAUCAACAAAAUAUGUAUUCAUACAAUGGAAUAUUAUUCAACCUCUAAAAGGAAGAUAUGCUGACACAUGCUGCAACAUGGAUGAAUCUUGAGGACAUGAUGCUAAGUGAAGUAAGCUAGUCACCAAAAGACAAAUACUGUAUGCUUCCAUUUAUAUGAAGUAUCUAGAGCAGUCAAAUGCAUAGAAACAAAGUAGAAUGGUAGUUUCCAAGCUCUGGGGGAGGAGGAAAUGAGGAGUUGUUUAAUGGGUAUAGUGUUUCAGUUUUGCAAGACAAAAAGUUCUGGGGAUUGAUUGCACAGUUAUGUGAAUACUGUAUAUCGACUGAACUGUACACUCUAAAAUAGUUACGAUGGUAAAUAUUAUCUUUAUUUUACCACAGUGUUUUUUAAAGCAUGGUAAACAACAUUUUCCAGGAUGUAAAUUGGUACCAAAAAAAAAAGUGCUCCAAAGUAAGAUAUAUUCGGGAAACACAGGGCUAACUAAAGUUAGAUAGGUGUCUUUAUUGUAGGAAUUCUAAGAGCAUUUAACAAAUUAAUUUACAUUGAGAAAUUUCAAUGUGGAGGGUCUGGCUCAUAACAUUUCACAAACAUUAAACUUCAGAGUCCCAAAGCCUUUAAAUAAAAUGUUAAUGGUAGAAACU